GGACGCUAUGUUGCACAGUCUUCAGACAACAGCAUGAGUGUGCUGCCGACCCAGCUUUAACGAGCGACGGACAAGGAGCGCAAGAGGAAAAUGUAGAAAUUCAUUUUGUUUAGAGGGAAACGGGUGUAAUGACGAGUCUGAAAGAAACGACCAAAAGACACACUGGUAAGUUUUUUUUUCUUCUUUUUGCAAAUGAAUUUUGAUAAUUUUAAGUUUAAAGCUAGUUAUUGCUCUUCUUUUUUUAUUGCUGUAGUUAAUAGCCGGACUAUGCACGCACCAACAAUGAUAAAUCAUAUAAAUACUGGUGUUAGAAAACUGCCUCAAACUGACAGAUGAAGGCAAAACUGCCAAAUGAAAAUGGGUUGAUCAGUUCUCUUUUUUUAAGGUCUAAGAUGUUAAUUCCCAUUUUAUGUAAGAAAAUACCAGGCUAUUCAACAUCCAAUGCAAGAACAUGAAAAUUAUUUGACUGUGAACCUGAACUUUUAACUUUGUUAUAGUUUGUUAUUUUGUCAAAUGGAUCAACUGGGUUUAGUUUUCUUUCUUUUGCUUUAUGUCAUAUUCGUUUUUUGUGCAAGGUGGUUUACUAAUGAUAUAAUAAUAAUAAUAAUAAUAAUAAUAAUAAUAAUAAUAAUAAUAAUAAUAAUGAUAUGGUUUUAUGGAAGUUGCAGUCAUUGAAAAGUUAAACAUACACCCACUCUAAUCCCAUUUAGUGAAAGCCAUUGUCAAGCGUCUUGUCGCAUGUAAAUGUUCCACUUAUCCUUAUUUGUACAAAACACAUUUCUUUAACCUGCAAAUGUAUAAUCCAUCACCACUAACAGCUGUAGCCAAACAGCUGUUUCAUUUUUCGAACUGACGACGCUUUACACAUCUGAUACUGAUGUGACAUUAGUGUUAAAUACAGGUCACUCUGCACCAAAGCCUGAACCUAUUCUCUCAUAACACUUGAAAAGAUAUCUAAUAACCUUAAUUUUCCCCUUGAAAGAUCUAAUUAGAUACCAGAAUCUUGUCAUUAUGUGUCAAGAGAAGAAAGACUGAGAUAGGAAGGACAUUUUAAGUUGAUAUCAUGUUGCAUGACUCAUUUAAGGUGUCAAAAACUGACUAAUUGUAACUGAGGACUUAAAUGAGAGCUUCAACUUUGAUGGGUGUGAAAAGAGAUGAGUUUUGUCAGUUAAUCAGCCACAUAAUGUACAAAUAAGUUUGUGGCAUUUAGAAGUUGGAUUUAACAAAAUGACUCACGUAUGACAGGGUUCCUUAUGUGCUGAAUUGAUUUGUAAUCUGCUAGUUGAAUUACAAAUAUGAAGUGAUAUUUUUUUCGAAUUAAUUGACCAUAUUUCACACAGUUUACCAGUUUCUACAUGCAAAAUCUAAUCCUCCCUCCUGUGAUGGUCUGUGAUGCUACCUGUGCAGAAGAGUGUUUGGGAUGUUGUAAUCUAUGAACCAUCAGCACUCUCUGCUGGACAUUGUAUGUAACAACAGCCUUCUCCACCCAGCCCACCAGAAUAGCAUGCAACUAUUCCUCUAGUACAUUUUAACAUGGAUCGACCCACCUCAAUGCCUGAGUCAGUCUUGCAGGGGUGGCCCAUCCCUUCAACACUUUCCCAUCAUGCUGUGUUUGACUGAAUAAACAUGCAAAUGUCACAUACUGCUCAUGGUGCUGAUGUUAGUCGCUAGAGGAUGUUGUUUUGUGCUUGAUGUAAUUUUAAUGAAUUUUUUUGUUACCCGUUAGUUUUGGCCUUAACUGCAGAAACUGUUCACCAAUGCAGAGACACAUCUUCAGCUGUAUAUAAAAUUUGCUUUAAACAGUCGUUUACCCCUGCAGGGAAAUUCAGAAAAGUGACAAUAUGUUCAUAGUAAUGUGUUGCCUCUUCACAUGAGUGAGUCACAGCAGUGCUUAUAGCUUCAAAAUCCCUGAUGAGUUAGUUUUGAGUGUUUUAGGUUGAGUAACUUAUAUUUUUACUUCUCCCUUUUCUUUAAAAGCUUUAUUCAGUUAGUGAAUUACACUUAGUGACAGCUCAGCUCACAGCCCCUGAAGCCCUGCCAAAGAAGGUCAACAUAUGCAGAUUUUAAACAUAAAACUACAUUAAUAGAUCUGUUUUUUUUUUACUUUCCCCCUUUUUUUUCUUUGUGAAAGAAGUAGACCCUAGCUGAAAUUUCUCUUCCAGUAAAGAUUGUUGCAACAGUGAUCACUGAAGAGUAAUUUUUAGACAGAGGGCCUGACUCAUAUACAAAACUUUAGCAUUUACAAUUUUUUUGUAACCAGUCAAUACAAAGACACAUAGGCCUAAGUGUUUUUGUUUGUUUAUUUUUGUAAUCAACAGCUAAAUGAGCUGCCUUUUGAAAACUUCCUUCAUGGAUUAAGCGAGAUAUCAAUUUUGAAAUUUCAGUCGCAUCUGUCAUUUGACUCUACAAUGAACUAAUAGGGACUUUAUAUUUCCUGAUAGAAUUUUGCAUCAUCAGGAUGAGAGUGCACAAUGCACCCCCGCACAGCAGAUCAUAAAAAUGCAAACAGCUCAUCUCAGUUUCAAUAAAACACAAAACUAGAGCAAACUGCACAGAGUUGUAGAACUUUUUGAGCAUUUCAGAAUUUGUUUAGUGAACUAGAUCGUGAAACAGAGAAGAUAGAAGGGGCAAAUGAUGCACAAUUCUUGGUGCUGUUGGUGGCUGUAAUCCAUUCUCAGUGAAUUCCACACUCAGAGCAGAAUAGAUACCCUUUGACAUUAAAUGUUCUACAUGCUGGUUUUCUUGUUUGUUCCUUACUCUGUAUUGCCCUAUGCACAUAGUCACAGCCAAAUAAGGGCGCAAAGAUUCAAGUGACAAGUUGAGAGUUGGCUAUGGGUCCACUUGACUAAAUUGGGCUGCUAUAAGGCAGCUCCUCGUGAACUGUUGGAAAGCACUGCAACCACACAUUGUUCCUCUCUCCUUCUGCUGAAUUUGAUGGACCCUGAGACAAGCUCAAAGGAUCAGCUUUGCUGGGUGGAUUGAUGGAAAUGUGCAGAAGAUCCGAAACAGCCAGACUGAGAGCAGAGUGGUUAAAUUAAGUCACUUUUCAUUUCAUGUCCACCUCAGUUUAUUAAAGGCAGCCCUCAGGAGGAAAGAGAGAAAAGAGCAACAGAAGCCGGGCAGAGCUUCACAGACUUGCUCGCUGGUUAAUUAGCUUCUGGCAGAAUGAGAAACCUCAAACGCUAACGUCAGGAUUCUCCGGAUUAUAAAAAUGGUUGACAUUGUUCUCUUGUAACCCCAUCAUAUUUGGAGGCAGUUAAAGGUUAAUAAAUGGCUUUAAUCAGAAAUUCUCUUCUCUGUUGGAGAUUGUAGGAAUGGUGCUGUAACUUAAUCAGAAAUACAUUAGGAGGCAUCAUUAGUGCAUAAUGAGAGAGGAGUAAACUUGAAUUGACUCUUGUGUUUUGUGAGAAUAUUUGGUUGAAAUGAUCUUAAUGCACAUUAAGAAGAGUUCACUAGCCUUAAGUUCAGUAUCAAGACCUAUUUGCAACGCUGAAUGCUCAGAUGCACCAGAUUGGCUCAUUUGAAUUUUUCCUGUUUUAUUCACAUCAUAUCUGAAUAAAGCCUCCCCAGGCAAACUUUCCACUCUGGCUCUCAAUCUGAGGGUUGCAGGCUGAUAAAGGAACAUUUGGGUACUUUUUUAGGUCCUUGGAGGGGGAAAAAAUCCUUUUUGGUGGGUUAUUAAUGAAUACUACAACAAUAGGGUGCUUUAGGGGUAGCCUUUCUCAGAAUCAUCCCUCAGCUGCUUACUUUGAGGGGAAAGUCUUUAAUAUAGGGAAUUCCUGCAAAGGAAAAUUAAGAAACAGUUCUCUUGAUGCAUUUCUUAUUUUCCUGUUGUGGAAAAAUGCUUGUUGAAGUGAUACCUGAAGUGAGUAGUUUAAGCUGCACAAAUUAGGAGGAAAUCAUCAAAUUUCACAGUAUUUCACUUGCUCUGAAUUUUUCUUUCAGAUGCGUGAUGGCUGGUUUCAGGGCCAAGAUUAUUGACUGACAAUAAAACCAGUUUAUGACUGACAAGAUGUCAUGAAAAGUCUCGGUGUUGCCAAAAAACUCUCCCCACUAAACCCUGAUCUUGUCCAUAUACUAACUUGAUAAGUGAAGAAAAAUUGGAAAUAUUGAAUAAUGAGACAUGUUAAUUCUCUUCACAGACUUGCCUGAAACAUCAGCAAAACCCAAAUCCAUCAAUAAUUAUAACUACAUGAAGCAUCAAAAACACAGAAAUCUGAUACUAAUACGGUAUCACGUUGAUGCAUUUUAAAGAUAUGGAAUGCUCUCAUCAAUCUGUUCAAUCAUAUGAGAGAAGAACUGUAUUACUAUAACACUGAAAAAAAAGUCUGUUCAAUUUACAUGAAAAAAAUAUGUACAUUGGUUGCACAUAUAAAGUUAUGUUCACCAAAAAGAAUUUAUUCAUGUUCAGUAUUCUUAAUUCUUAUUUGUUCAGAUAACAUAACCUUUUAAUGUACAUUUUAAGUGUUUCUUUCAUGUUAUUCAUAUUAAACUACCUUUUGUUAUACCAACAUGAUUUUCUUAUGUAAAGUAUGUUCAAUUACUCUAUAUUAAAUACACAAUAUAUUUUUAAGUAAAGUAUGUUUAAUUUAGCUAUAUUAAACCAACAUGAUAUUUUUAUAUAUAUUUUAACAUAUUUUUUACAUAAAUAUUAUAUAUAUUUAUUUUUGUAUUUUUUUUAAUUGGGUAUAUAUACCAAAUUAUAUACAGGGACACCAAUGUGCCCCCUUACUUACAAAACUCAAAUCUCCCCAAACCCAGCAGGUCAAAGUUUUGUGAGCAGGAAGGCUACCGGACACAGAAAAACCAAUCAGAUGCUCAGUCUGUCUUUCACGGGUUUCCUCCUUACAAGCUGCAAUGUGGUACUCAUUAGCAGAGAAAUGUUGCACACCAACACUGUGAAACACUUAUAAAGCUUACACAUAUGCAUGGGCUGUGCAUUUGUGUGUGAAGUGCCUCUCUAUCCUCUCACAUGAAUCUUAUUUGCUCUUGUUAGAUUUUGCACAUGUUGCCACUGUUCCCAGCUGAGAUUGAUUUGCACAUUAAUGAAACAUUUCUGUGCUUUAACCUGACAGUCCUCAGAGAGACAAAAGGCCAGUUUUGUUUUUGAGAAUACUAAGAAAGUGAACUUCGUGCUGAUUGUGUCAUUGCUCUGCAGCACAAGUUUCACGUGGCUCCUUUUGGAUUGUGACUUUGAACCCCAGGCCUGCAGUGCUCUGUAGUUUUGACCCCUUGGUUUUGACUACCUUAUGCUUAAUUUCAUUGCAAAGGUGACUUCUCUUCCAAUCUCAUUUUAAGAAUCCUUUGUUGCCAGGACUGCAGGCACCCAAGGGAGUAACAGAAACAAAUAUUGUAUGUUAACUGUUUAACAUUGAUAUAUUAAUGUCUGAAGCUAGGUUAUUUUCAAUUCAAAUCCCAAUUUGUCCAAUUAACUGAACUCAUUUUCUCUUUCUAGGUGACUCAACAGGGGCUGAGUGUUGGAAUUAUCAUCAUAUUCAACAUGCUUUUUACAUUUUUAAUUGCCCACAAUAGAUAAGAGUGAGACAGUAAAUGGCAAAAGAAAAGAAGGAAAUGAACAGCUGUUUCUGCUCCUGCAAUAAUAACCGAGGCAACAAGCUCUGAAUGAAAACGAAUGCUCUAAAUGAAGAAAAAAGCAUGGCAACAACUCAUGGUAAUGUGUCUCAUCACUUAGCUUUAUUUAAGUGAACAAACACCACCAGGGAUUGACAAACACUUGGGAAAACAAAAAAGACAAUCUGUUAGCAGACAUGACUGACAACGUGAGCUCCAGAGUCGACACUCCAACCAACAUCUCUCUGAGUCCCAGCCUCGCUGUUUCUGACUCCCUGGAGUACAAGACAGUGGCAGUGUUCCUGGUCCUGCUGGUGUGCUUUGUGGGCAUCGUAGGGAACAUCAUGGUGGUUCUGGUAGUCCUCACCACACGCCACAUGAAGACACCCACCAACUGUUACCUGGUUAGCCUGGCUAUAGCUGACCUGACAGUGCUGGUGGCAGCAGGGUUGCCUAACAUCGCGGACAGUCUGACAGGCACGUGGGUGUUCGGGCACGCUGGCUGCCUUGGGAUCACAUACUUUCAGUAUCUGGGCAUCAACGUGUCCUCUUGCUCCAUAACUGCCUUCACAGUAGAGAGGUGAGGAUUAUCAAAGAGCUAUCAACAACACAGUUUCAUUUCGUGAGUGAUUAAUUGAUGUAUUGGAAUGAAAAUGAUAUAUCCAUAGAAAAAUCCUACAGGGAGAUGUUAUGGAUGUUAAUAAUAAGAUCAUAAUAGCUCGUGGCUACCCUUUAUACAAAAUUUUGAUCAAGUAUCUGGCAAAUUGCAUAUAUCAGAGAUACAAAGGGUGUGGUUAUAUUGUCAAGAGAGAAAAUAGGCAGAAACAAAGGACCCACAUUCAGACAGUACAGGCAGAUGGGUGACAUACAAAGACCGUCAAAACAAAAGAUAACUGGCUGGAUUUGCAGGUAAAACGGUAACAGGAAACAGAUGUGUGGGCCAGAUGGGGAACAAACAGGUCUAAGAAACAAAAGCACAAGAUUCAAAGUAUAUCACAGAGGCACAGGAGGAGGAACUGGCAACUAAACAAAGACAAUGCUCCGGCAUCUGUGAAGCAAUACUGAUGACGUAGACAUAGGAAGCAGGUGAAUGUCAGGUAACUGCAUGGCUGAAUGUGACUUGAAUCAGGUGUGUGGCCCAGGGUAUGAAGAAAAGUUUCCUGGUGUCUGCAAGAACUGCAAGAAAAAUCAAAGGCUAGGAAGCAGCCUUAAAGAAAUGAGCGGGGGCUGGAGAUAAAAAAAAUGAGAGGGUAACAGAAGGCAGAGGAUACAAACACAGUUUUUUGUAGCCUUAAUGGUUGCAUAUACAAGACUCUAGUCAUGCAGCCUGUUAACCUUUUCCUAAAUGUCACCUUUGCUGCACACAUGACAGACUCAAUACAUCACAAAAUAUCAUGAGAAUACAAGAGUAGGUGAUCCAAAUGGGUUCAUUUGAACAGUGAAAUGAUUAAAUGUAUUUUUUUCUCCUCUGUUAUGCCACAAUAACGACUUAAUUUCAGUAUUUUUCUCGAGGUUCUUGAGUUAAUUUUCUCAUUAUCUUUAGAUAAGAUAUUUAUCUCGUCAAGUGUCCUGCCUGAGGACACUGUGGCACGUGGACAGCUCUCGGAUCUAACCUUCUGGCAGGGAGAUGACCGACCCUACCAAGUGAGCCCUAAGCUCCCCCAUUAACGAGACCACGAGGUGAAAACUUUGUUGAUGAGAAAAAAAAACAAAUAAACUCGCUAUCAUGACUAAAUGCCCUUUAAAAGUAAAAUGCAGUCAAGGUGGUGAGCUUGUGAAAAAUAAAAUAUCGAUAUUUGAUAAAACAUGCAUAGUGAGCAAUAUGCAGCUGAUAUGCAUUGCUAACAUUACUACAAUACAUUAUAUAGCCCAAUCAAAAAACAAACAAACAAAAAAAAGCCCUUGUAAGAUAAGAGAAGACAAGAUACGAUAUGAUAAGUGCGCAAUCUAAAUGUUGGGGAGCCGGGAGGUAUACUCAUUUUGUUAUUUACAAUUUUACAAUUAUAUUAUUUACUCCAAUGAAUAUCUUUUUGCAGGUACAUCGCUAUUUGCCAUCCAAUGAAAGCCCAGACUGUGUGCACAGUGUCCAGGGCAAAGCGAAUCAUUGCCGGUGUCUGGAUCUUCACCUGCAUCUACUGCAUGCUCUGGUUCUUUCUGGUUGAUAUUCAGGUAAAAGGACCCUAUUUUGAAUUUUAAUCUCUGUGGUACUGCAACUUUCCUCAGAUGAAAAUAGAAAUAUUUUUUAUUUAUUAUUAUCAUUUUAGGCCUAUCAGCUGAAGAGAGUGUUAAGUGUUUCUGUAAGUGCUCGACAGACAGAGAAACAAAAACAAGAAAAUAAAACACAUGAUUAUCAGGAUCUCUGAUAAAAGCUCGGGUUCAACUAGGGGUUAAUGUAAGCGCUUUUUAGCACUCUGUAAUUCAAGUGGUGUUAUCAUGCAAGAUGUGAAAAAUAAUUUUGUGUGUUCCUGUGAAAAGUAGCCUGUUAUUAAAGCAUCUUCAUGACGACUGUGUGAAAUUCAGGAGAGCCAGGAUGGGCAUGUGCAGUGUGGCUACAGAGUGAAACGGGAGCUCUACCUGCCCAUCUACCUCAUUGACUUUGCCAUAUUCUACGUCAUCCCGCUGCUCCUCGCCAUUGUGCUGUAUGGCCUCAUUGCACGGAUCCUCUACCUCAGGUACAGUAAAAGCUCUUUCAAACCAUACGAAAGCUGAAUAAGUUGAUUGUUGCAUGUGCCUAUUGUACUAAAAUGAUAAAGUGAUCUUCUAAGGUGUCCUUAAGAUAAAUAAAUAGAAGGUUCUGUGUGUCUAUGAAUAACAAUUUCUCAACUUUUACUGAUGGUAAGUGUGGUGUGCCUCAGGGGUCUGUUUUAGGUCCCAUUUAUUUUCCUAAUACAUGCUCCCCCUGGGGUACAAGAAACCUGCUGCAAAGAAGCUUGGGGUCUGGUUUGACAGUGAUCAAACUUUCAUGGAGCACACAACAAACUAGUACUGUCGUAUUUUUAUCAUCUCAGAAAUAUUUCUGAAAAGAACUCAUCUGUAAAGGUUUUAAGAAGAACCAAGAAACACAAUCAUAUCACUCCUGUUGUAACAUCUUAACACUGGCUUCCUUUAUUUUUUCAGAUUUUAAGAUUUUACCGACUACUUUAUAACCCUAAUGAUGCCAGAAUACCUUGCGGCACCUCUAGCUGGUUGGUAGCCAAAGAGGCAAAUUAUUUCACUGGAGUAGGCAGAGACCAAAAAGAGAGUUAUUUUCAACCUACUUCUGUAAAAAAUACCCAAGUCUACAUAUGUAUCACUGUCUGCUAUAUGUGAAAAUUGAUCUGUUGGUAGCCAAAACAUUUAACAGUACAUGUCACCAUCUACUAUUAUAUGAUUAUAGUAUUAGCAUGGAUAAGUUUAGAUUAGAUGGCACUUUAUUAAUCCUUUUGGGAAGCUUCCCUUAAGGAAAGUAAAUUUAUAGCAGGUACAGAAAAAAAAGACAGAAGGGAAAAAAAGAAAUAAAAAUGUAAUAUAUGUAUAAAAUAAAGAUAUAAUAAAAUGUAGUACUUUUCUUUAUCAAAGCUUCUGUAAAAAAAUGAGAUAGCAAUAGUGAAAUGAAUCUACUUUGGGUGUCUUUCAAUUUAUCAAAAACAAGAAAAUUAAUCCAAUUUCCAUAAAGAAAAUAGUUCAGCUUUUUUUGAGUCAGAGUUUUAUGAUAUAAAAUAUUACCCACAGCUGACCUGCUGCAUCUUUCCCUGCAGCCCUUUGCCCAACCACCAAGACACCAGUGCCACUACUCUUCGGCGGAGCUGUCAGGAAGCCUCUGAAGUGGGGAAAGGAGGACGCCCCAGCCGGCCAAAGAGCGUGCUUUCUUCCAGGAAACAGGUCUCUCUCACCUGCUCUUUCCUCCUCUCACUGACCCCUUCUUUGCUCUUCUAUCUUGCUCUUAUCUGUCAAGAAUUGAUUGUUGUGCAAUAGCUUGUGCCACAUUUGACCUUGGUCACCUCUUCGGGUAUGCGUGAUCUGGUGGGAACACAGAGGCCAUGAUUACCUUUUAACAACACUGAUGAUGCUGUCGCCCCAGAGAAGGGUCUUCUUCUCGGUUUGUUGGCUCUCUGACCCAGCUCUUAAGGCCCUGGAGGUAAUAGUGAUGGUAAUGGCUUCUUUUCCCUGGGCUGAGCAGUCAGCGAUGCUUCUUUCUGGGAAAACUGCUCUCAUCUGGAUUGCUGUGACUACUCUGCAAUGUUGUCUUGUCUAUGUGCUCGUGGUGAAGGACACAGUCUGUCAAGCUAUUUUAGUCUUAAAGCUUUUGUCUUCGAAACCCUUAUCCUGAAAAAGGUUAAACGGCUCUUGUUUUGUGUUUGCAUGUGGUUUUUAAAAGGUACAUGGCAUUUGAAAAUCAUUUGAAGAACAGCACCACAAGCCCUUUUUUGCCCUCUCUGAUUUGAAUAAAUGUACAUAAAAUCAUUUACUUACAAAUUUGAACCCCAAAAGAGAUUGGCAUAUAAUAGAACUAAAACUUCAUCCUAAUAAGAUAUUACUAAAUUACUGUUCCUACAAUGAGUAUAUUACACUUCCAGGGGAAGAAAAUGAUUGCAGAUCUUGGGCUUUGCAACCACACCAUCACACAUACUUCAUUCAAGGGCACAACGUGACACUGAACCAAAAGAAGACCCAGAUGCAAACUCACAGGCUGGCAAACAUCAAAGUCUGUUUAUUCAGAAAAAAGGUCGGUACACAGGGUGAUGGUCACUGUUCAUUCACUAACAAGAGAGAUAGGCAAGGAAGAGUUAAAGGGGACCUGCCAUCAAAAUGUAAUUUUGUGUGUUUUUUGUGUCAUAUAAGGUCCAUAUUAUGUUCGUCUUAUGUUGUAAAUGUGAAAACAAACCGUUACGUUGUUUGCAUUCUGUAAAAGUUUAAAAUAAAGGAACGGGUAAACCAGGCCAAUUGAAAAAGCAGGUCCCUCUGACGUCGCGCUGACCUUGCUCAUUAUUAUUCACGAGCGUGUCCUUGGUGAGCCGCGCCCACUCUCUCGUUCUCGUACUCAUUCACAGUCAACAUCACUCUCCAGCCAGAGCGAGACCCAGCUACCACUGUAUCCGCUAUGGAUCUCUUCCAAACGACCGGUGUUUCCUUGGGUUCACUGCCGGGGAAAUGAACUUAAAGCUGGGCAGAAUGAAUGAAAACACCGCUGGAGCGUAACCUUUAGCAUAAGGUGACCAGACGUCCCCGAUUUCCGGGGACAGUCCCCGUAUUGGAUGACCUGUCCCCGGCAAAAGCUGUCCCCGAAAAUGUCCCUGAUUUAAGCGUUUCAUGAAUGAGAGCAAAAAUGUUGCGUGUGGGCUCGAACAACGGUUAUUACAGUAGCCGAAUAGGUAAGAAGCACAAGUUAGCAGUCCUGAACAACAGUUUUUAAGGGGGUUAUUACAAGGGGCAUGCGCUGCUACUAAAUAGUACCGAGAUUUUGUCUGUGAUCACACAGCCCCUGCAGCCCCUGCACCCGCCGCCGCACCGAAUGUCCCCGGAUUUCAUUACAGACAACUGGGCACCUUACUUUAGCACACAUUAGCAAAAUGGAUAAACCGAAAUCCGAACCUCCACUGCUGAGCCAAUCAGAGCACAGCAGGCUUCACAGCAGCGAUCCAAUCAGAGCAAAGCUCAUUACCAUAAAUGUUAAUGAGCCAAAAUCAGUUGGUUUUCCUGCAAGGUUCUUUAGGCAUACUAAAACAAACCAUCAAAUAACUUUUCAGCUAAAAUUAUGUUGCAAACAUGAUCAGAGGACAUCAAGGAUUGUGAAAAAAUGAUAAAAAUGGGUAUGAAAUUUUGAUGGCAGGUCCCCUUUAAAUUCUUACAGCUAAAUAUCCUUAUCCUGAAUGCUAUUAAGUGCUAAUGGAAGAUUUUAUUUAUUCCUUCCAUGUCACAUAAAUUGAGGCAGAGGAAUGCAAUUUUUUUUACGAACUGAUAACUCAUUAAUUUCAUAUCAUGUGUUGAAAGUGUGUAAAAACAUUACCUCACCAACUUCAUGCAUGUCUUAGCUGUUCGAUUCAGAGAACAGAAAGGCGGAUGUAUCCGUUAGCAGAGUUUCUUCCUCCAGCAGGAUAACAACCCUGACAAGACAGGUUCCAAUUAUAAAGGCCAGACUCUCAUUUAGAGACGGUCUUCUGCUCGUUCCUGGGCGUUCAACACGUUCUUUGGUAUCGAUUUUUUUGAUAUCCAACUAUCCCUGCUCAGUUUCUGGGCUGGGAGAGUUCACUGACAUGCUGUCACUCAGCCUUCUCUCUCUGUAACUAUCAAACCACUCAGCAUGACCUUUACAGGGGAAUGGUAACCUUUUGAGAAACUGGUUUCUUACUGUCUCGUCCAGCAACCCAUUUCACAUCAAAUAUUGGACAUAUCAUAAUUUGUUAUAUUUCACAAUGCAAUUAGCGAUAUAUAACCUUUUCAGUGGAUGUACAUGGAUGCAUGCAUAAAUUCAGCUGUAAUUAGCUAAAUAAACUACACAAUAGCUGUGUCCCAAUUCAGGGGCUGCAGCCUUUGUAGGACGCAUUUGAAGACCCAAUACGUCAUCGUGGUGAAUUUAAAUGCUUCUCCAAAUGCAGCCAACAUGUGUGUCCCAAUUUCACUGGGUUGUAAAGGCUACAUUAGGCAUGUCCCUCGGGACCCUGAUUUAUCCUGUAAUUUUUUCUAAACUUAUACAAUCAAGAUUCUCAGGCUGUAAUACACUGUAAAGUAGUACACGGUCUGAUGAAAGUGUUAAGUUUUAACUCGGUAACAAGUCGUCAUAAAUGUUACAAAAGACAGACAUGUUGAAAUUUGAAAUGAUCUUUGCAAUGUUGGUGAUGGUGUUUAGGUUACAUGAUGCUAGCCAUCUGUUGCUAAGUGACAAGAACGGUAUGUGAGGCAGCCGUCAGGGUUGUAAGGGUCUCAGUUCAGUUCAUCAUGACUGGUCUACACAGGCCACAACAGCCAAGUCCUUCUCAGACUGUGGCACCUGAAUUGGGACACAGCUACUGUUACUGUCAAUAUCAAUGUCAGCUUUAUUCAUAUGGCACAUUUAAAACAGCCAGUGACCUACCAAACUGUUACUGUGUGGGUGUGUAAAGGUUGCUACUUUCCAUCAACUGUUAUUAUUUAUUAUUUAUCUAUAUUUAUUUUUGUUUACACUGUUAAUGUAAUGUAAUGUACUCUUGUUAGCAUUCCAUUGGGACCGGUGUUUUGUAGCAUGAGACGUGAGCACCCUCUGCUGGGACACUAAAGGGUGCAGCCUGAGUACUGUUGCUUGGCUGCUGUGUUCUGAGGUUAAAAAGUCAUAUCAAAUUGAAAAGUACCAUUUAUUCUUGUGGUAUCUUUGAGCUGAUUUUUUAAAUUCACUUAAAAACCCAUUUGUGACAUUUUUGCUCUGCUUUACAUAAUUUUAAACCCACCACGUUUUUACACACCAGUCAUCUCUGUGAUGCAGUCUGCUAAUUAACUGCCCUUCCCUGACACUCUUACAUGAGUAAAUAAGUAAAAACUGAUUAAAGUAACAUAAAUACCCCUCAAAAAUUAUCCUUAAUUUGUCAUGUCUUGAGUGCUUUACCAUCCUGUGCACUUAAAACCAUGUGUUGUUCAGGUAAGACUGAACUCUCAUGUGGAAGCAGAAAGAAGAUCUUAAUCUCAUGUGUUCAAGGAGCUGCGUCUAGGAGCCGAACAUUUGCAUAAUGUGAUUUGGGAUUUACAUUGAAGUGUUCUUAGCAGUGCAGAUGAUUUUACUCACAGUUCUUCAAGAGGCACUUCAAACUCUUUCAUUCAUCUUUUGAUAGGCUGCCUCAGUCUGAUGGGAGUUUGAUAAACUUGUGUAUGCCAAAGAAUGGCACUUUGAUGAUUGGAGAUUAAUACAGUGUGGUGUGAGAUAGCUGUAUAGUUAUGAUAUCUGAGAGUUUUUUUCAUGCCUCUGAUCUCCUCAAGUGUAUGUAAGGAGAGAAACGUGGAGGCUUGUUGCUCUAAGCAGUUUUUUGUCUGUCUGGGUGAACUGUGCGUUUGUGACUGGAGUCGGUCUUAAAGGAUGCUGUGUUGAGCUAAAAGUCUGAUGCCAUAAUCAAGUAGCCUGCCAGCAUAUAAUUACGGUCAUAAUAUGCACGCUCAAAGUGUCACCCAAUGUUUUGUGUUUGAUUGUUGCAGCACUGAGAUAAUUAGAUAGCUCUCCUUCCCACCUAAUCGUGUCCAAUUAAAGGCUUUGUUGUGCUGAGUUUUUCCUUUUUAUCAGCUUGCUGAGGUGGCUCUCACUAGCUUAACACUUGAGGCAUGGACACCGAGCUUUAUCUGGACUAAAACUUGCAGAGAGGAGGCACAGGUAUGAGAGCCAGUGUUUACCUGGCAUACUUUGUUUUGCUGUUUUUUUUUUUUUCCUUUUCUAUUAGUGCAAAAAACGAAUGCUGGUCGAGCAAAAAGCAACCAAGCGUUGACUGAAUUAUUGAAGCAAAACGGAGGCAGGUUGUAAACUCUAAAACGGCAGAAGAUGGAGGGUUGGAUGAAGGGGUCAGGCAGGCGAGAGAAAGGUGUGAAGCAUUAUAGCAACCGAUAAGACUAAUCACUUGAGUCUUACAAGCUGACUGGCUCUAUUUCCCGCUUGCUGUGUCGCAGGGGUUCAGAAAUGUCUGAGCUGUUUCCAUGGUCACAAGCUGGUGAUGAGGUGGGGUGGCGUUGGGUGGGGAGGAGGGUCAAAGCAUGCUGAGCGCAUUGUACACACAAAGAAACACACACACCAUGCAACACAUUGACUUGGGGGUUGAAUGGCAUUGCAGUCCAUUAAGCCCUGUUGGCCGGCUGCUCUUUAAAGGUUUUAAUGUUGAACUGUUUUGGCCUCAAAGAAGAGGUUUUGAGACACUGCUGGAAUUCAUUACCAACAAAACCUUUUUCAAUUCACGCAUCAAGCACACUUUCCCGGCAGACUCUCAAAGGCAAUCUGAACAUUUUUCUGUGACUGCUACAAGUGCUACAAGUGCUACAGUCGUGAAAGGUUUCUUCAGCUGAACGCUUUAAUGAAAAACCAUUAGUUUGUCAGUGCUGUUCUGACUGAUAGAUUUAUAAAUCUAGUUUUUCAAAUGACUCACUGUCCCCUCCUUUUUGCCAAUAUGGUUUGGAUGACAAUGUGCACUUUUUUGCUUUUUCAUGUGGGUUUUUAUCACCAGCACACCCAGCUUAGCUUGCCACCAACAGUGCCAACCUACAGAAGUAUAGCCACAAACCAAUGGAUAAUUUUUGUUACACUGCACUUGCAGAUACACAAAUUUGAGGAAAUGUUGAAUUUCUCUUCGAGCUUAACAUUCAACUCACACAGAUUCAAAUGAGCUUGCUCCCACUCACAGUUUAGUUUUUAGUUUUAGUUUUUAGCUAAAUUUAUGGAUCAAAAAACUGAACUAAUCCAUGGACAUUUUUUUAGCUGCACUUGUUUUUUAGGUGGCGCCUCCUAUCCUUCGCUCACUGUCACUGACUAAGACAGAAAUUAAUUUUAAAAGCCAAGAAAAUCUCAUUUGUACCCGUUUAUUUUAACCAAUUAAACGUAAGAAAAAAAAUAUACAGUUAAGAAAGUGUAGAACAUUACAUUUUACUGUAAACUGUGGGCUGAACAUUUGGAAGAAGCUAGAAUACACAGGAAAAAGUUUAUGUCGAAAGCCAAAAGGAAUCAAGACGAUCAGGGGUAAGAUUGAUCAUUUUCAUAUUAUUAUUUUUUUGAUAUGAGGAAACUUGAAAAAUUGCAGCAGAUUCAGGAACGGGUCAACCUGAAAUUUCUCUGAAAUUUUAAAUAACAUUUUCAAGGGACAGAUUUGACAUGAUUUGCACUGUUAAUUAUGAGUAUUGGCCUUCUGUGUGAGAAAUAAUGUGAGGACUAAUGCUAUGCUGUUCGUGGGGGUGAGGGUUGGGCAUAAUGCAAAAAAGGAACCCCAGCAUACAGCAGUGUUGUCACUUUAUCUUAAAUAUUGGUUAACCAUUUUUGCCUGAGACGCACAGAUAAUGGUUAAUUUUAAGUUGCUUGUUUUUGAAUAAGAUUCGGUUGCAACCAUACAGAAGUAAGAAAAUGUCAUACUUUCAAGCAAUGUUAGCUUCAGAGAGUAGCUGGCUACAGCUGAUAAAAUCUGUCAGGAACAUAAAGGAAGAAGCUACUUAAGACUACUGUCACAGAUACAUUAAAUGAAUCCUGCUCUUCCUCUUAACUGCAUAUGUUUUACCAUAGUCACUGAGGCCCAUGUUAGGCUAGUUGUAAAGGAUCUCAAGAAAAGAGAUGGACAUGCAUGGAGACCUCGCAUGUCAUGAGUGACUGUCCAGCAACACAGUAUGUCAAUCACAAGAACUGUUUCCUAAUGUACAGUGUUGCUUGUCCAUGAGGAUUUAAGCGCCUGGAGCAUCUGAGAGUGUUUCAAUGCAAAAUCUGUACUUGAUGGUGUUCAAGUGGUAUCGAAACAUUAGGAAGGCAUGCACAUUUUGCAGGCAGUAAAACCCCAAGGGAUCUGCACACUACUCACUCAGACACUCUAACGUUGGUACGAUCAAGCAGAUCAAUGAAGAGCUCUGUGCCUUGAAAUGAAAUACUCAUUCAUGUGCACUGGAACCAGAUGCACACAUGAAGUUCUUAACUUUACUCGAGGGGAAAUAAUUGACAGAGCUCUGAGUUUUGUCUGCAAGAGCCCAGGGAUCUUCUUUUCCCACAACAAGUCAAGUAAACUAAGUUUGACCUUUUUGCCCAGUGCACCUUCAAGCAAUUGUGACUCCUCCUGGAGGGACCCUGGUCACUCAUCACGAGUCAUCCUUUGAGACUGGCUCAGAAAAUUAUGCAAAGAUGAGUCAGACCUGAUUCUGUGUCACUCCAGUCAAAGCGUCUGUGAAAUAUCAGAGCCAAAGCUGUGCAGAUGGUCUGCCAUGCUCUUUCAGUUUUUCACACUUGUGUUAGGUUUAAUCAAGUUUGAAUGCACAGACACAAAACCUUAAUCUCAACCUGGAAAUAAAUAAACACUCAUCACUUGCUUGUGUGUUUGUGUGGAGCUUGGCCUAACUUUAGUCCUGAAAUGGCUCAUCCACAUCACUGCUUGGUUGAAAUAACUCUGUGGCGAGUAGCUUCAGCUGAUCAAACAGCCAUGGACAGAUAUACAAGAUGCAGUUUUGAUCUUCUGCUCUCUGUCCUCUGAUUAAUUUAAGCUGAUGUCAUAGUGAUGUGCCGAUUGGCCAGUAACAAAGUAUCUGAGGGUGUAGUCCCACCUUUAGUUGGACCAGUCAUUAAAACAGAUUGUUUUUAAACUACCUCAAGUUUGUUCUGUGUUCACACAAAGGACAUUUACUCCCUAAAUAGUAAUUUCUUGAAGCUACUGAAAAUAAAUACAAAGUUGGUUUGCAACUUUUUAUGUUCACACAAGAUGUAUACAUGUGAAAUACAUUAUUUUAAGUCACAAAAGGAUUCUAAAUAGACAAACACAUAUUAAGAUACGUAUAAGAAGAACUUUAUUUAUCACUGAAGGGAAAUUCAAUUGUCUCUUGUUUCAUUUGUCAUGUCUCAAAAGUAAUCUACUAAUUAUAAAAGAGUUAUAAAGUCUGAUGGCUGUUGGUACAAAAGAUCUUCUGAAUCUUUCUGUCCUGCAGCGAAGAGAGAGGAGCCGUCCACCACCAUUGGCCCUUUGGUCCAUCAAGGUGUUGUGAAGUGGGUGAUCCAUGUUCUUUAGAAUAGACUCCACCUUCCUCAGUGUAGAUCUCUCCACCACAUCCUCCACUGACUCCAGCUUCAAUCCAACCACAGAGCCAGCCUUUUUCACCAGUUUGUUCAGAAGUCUUGCAUCUUUGUGUUUGAUACUUCCUGCCCAGCAGACUGCAGUUCAGUGUAUUGACUCUUCACCUCUUUUUGGAAAAAGGCUUGAAACUUACACCAAUAGCAGUGAUUGGGUCAAAGCUUUUUUUAAAUACGCUAAAUUAUGUUAUAGGUUUGGCCUGCCAAGAUUUAUAGCAAUAGUUUUAUUUUUGCUGCGUUCCAGUUACCUUGGAAGUCGGAUGUCAGAGCUGGGAAUGGCGUUACACCUGAGUUAACGGCGUUCCAGUUAACAAGUCAGACAAACCAAGAUGGACACCUACAGUUACCUGUUGUCAGCUGUCGUUAGCUGUUUUCAGUCGUUGUUAGCUGUUGUCAGGUGUGGUUAGCCAUUGUCAGCUGCUGUUAGUUGUUGUUAGCUAUACCAGUUGUAAACAACGCACAACACAGUAUUUUACUCUUACAAACACCAUAGCACCGUCUUCAGAUUUAGACAUUGGGCAGCACAACAUUUACCACUUAUUUAAUUUCACCAAAACAAAACAGAAGUGCUGAUAAAUAACACAUUACGAGAGCUUUCAGUAUUUACUGUUGAUGGACUGCGCUGCCAUCUUGAAUUAUGACGUUGUCGUCAAGUCGGGGUUGGCGAGGAUCGUCCGACUUUCCGAGUUGGAACAACUGGAACGAAGCAUUUGUUUCUUUUCUGUAACUCGGAAAACUGUUUUCUAAUCAGUUUUAUUCACUCAUUAUAUUUGUCUCCUUCUUUUGCUUGCUUUCUUUGUGUCUUAAUUAAAUUAAAAUUGCACAUAAUGCUAAGAGGCCUCUUUUAACCCCAUGUUAUAAUCCACUUACACACACACACACUGUUAAUAUUUGGUUUUAAAAUCCAUUCACAAAGAUUUAUCCUCCAACACAUAACACAGACACAUAAAACUGUUUAUGAACACCUCGUGUGUUCAUGAUGACUCAAAUAAUCAAGAAGUAAUCACAGCUAAUCAGAGAAAUUACAACCAUACUGAGCUGGGCCUUGGAGCUCUGGCACAAAUGUUGAGCUGCUGAAGCAUUUCAUUCACAUUUCAUACAUACAGUUUGUUGAUUAGUGGGCAUGAAUACAAAUGUGAUAUUUAGACAUUUUCUAAACCACAGUGUGUUAUCAGCUUGAUUUCACAAGUUAGAGUCAAUUGAACUGCUGUGCUCACUCACUGUGAGAGAAUAUUUUCACCUCAGUAAACUCUGAAACCAGCAUGAUUGCCUGGUUUUAUGGUUUAGAAAAGAAUAGGGCUACAGUAGCGCUCAGUGCAGCACUGUCUUUUACAAUGGCUUUAACUGUGAUCAUGCUUUUAAAAUACACCAUUUGGUUUGGUGGGAUAUUCAUUUUUUUUUUUUGGCUUAUCAUUGUGUGGAAAAGAGUGACAAAAACAGCAUGAGUAGACUGCAGACAAGGAGCAAGAGAGUAUAUAUGAGGAGAGAAUUGUAUUUUGCAGUAACAGUGUUGUAUUGCAGCAUUGCAAAAUGAGAAGGGGCACAAACGUCUGCUGUGAUCCUUUAUUCCUCCUCAAACAAGUUUGCAAUGCAAGACUUGUGUCUGUGUCUGACGGCUACUUCCAGCAGAAUAAUCCACCAUGUCACAAAGAUAGAAUCUUCUCAAACUGGUGUCUUAAACAUGACAAUGAGUUCACUCGAUCCAACAGACCACCUUUGGGAUGUGGUGACAUGUGAUGUCCAAGUGCUAUAAACAGUUGAUCUAUACAAACAGACCAUUUACCAUUUAUCAUGUACCAGUUCUCAAUCAAUCUUGGACAUCCAGUAGAUACAUCACAGCGAUUCACAUCCCAAAAGUGCUGUUACUUUCAGACAUCAAACUAGGAGAGAAGGUGCAAAACUUUUACCUGUGCCACAAUUCCCUUGAAAGUUGUAAACACUGACAGCAUGCUUUGACAGAAGGCGGAGGCAGUGGCCUUUGGUUAGUGAGUGUGGCUUAUCUUUAAUGUGUCUGGGUCUGGUUGUAGACCCACUUCAAAAAGCACAGGGCAUCUGAAACUCACUUCCAGCCAUUAUGUGUUGCAACCGACCACUUCCCUGCACAAAAUGAGACCUUGCAGUGCGGCUCUGGCUGGCAGUGCCGAUGUCUGAUGUCUUUCUCCCCCGUUCCUUUAUCAUGAUCAGGCAUUUAGAGAAAAUUGUGGUUUUCAAAGUAUACAAAUGUUGUUGGGUAUUAGUUUGUUGAAGAAGAUUUGUAGGUUUUAGACAAAUGGGGCAGCUGAAGUGGGCAGUGUAUGUCUGUCUCUGCAAUUGUUAAACCAAGGAAAGGCCAGAACAUAUGUGAAAAAGUAGUGUAACUCCAUUACACUACUUUUUUGCCCACCAUGGCUGCAUUGGAUUUGGUGGACUGUUAUGUGAGGACCAAAGUUCAAGUCUAAAACACUUGAUCAAGCAACUUUGACAGUUUUGUAAAAUCUUGUUGUGACAGAGGCUGAUACUGGGUUGUUAUUUUCUUGACAACACCAUACCUGAAAUGUAUGUGAGCCAAUGAAGAGUCUCCCAAGUGUCUUGAUUUAAUCGACAACUGCCCCUGACUGGAAAACUUUCUUUUAUGUAGCAAUAGCUUCAAUAUUUUCUAAAACACAGAAAGGAGAUAUUAAACUAACUGUCAAAGGCAGGUACAUCAUCUGCAGGGGCUGAGUUUUUUAUAUCCGAAUUUUAUCAUGAAACGUCAAAAUCUAUCAAAUCCACACAAAAAAAAACAAAAAACAGCUAAAAAAACAAAAAGCAAAACAAACAAAACUUUCUAGUACAGUUUUUGUUUGUAUCUGUUAUGUAGUUACAAAGCAAUGUGGACCCACUGCUUAGCCUAUAGUGUAGAUUCAUAUAUAUGAAUAACCUUGGCAUCAUGAAAAAUCAUGAAAAAAAAGCAAGCAUCUCACAUUUUGUAGUUUCAACACAGCAUUGCUCAUGCACGCAUUGUAAAAACUCUGACCUCCUGAUAUAAUGAAAUGACACUCUGCAGUGGUCACAGCUUUCUCACACUGAAUAAAGCUGUUGUGAUAUCAAGGACAGAGUGAAAAGCAAUCAGAGGCAGCAGCAAAGGACAAAAUCAUCAUCAUAGCCUAAGGCUUGAAGUAAUAGCUUGGGACAUUCAAAUGCCAAUUUCCCCAAGCAUCAGCUCAGGUAGACUUUACACAGUCUUUAUAUCGGGGAGCUGGUAGGGUAGAGUCUGCUAAAUGUGAGGUUAAAUUGGUGAAACUGUGGCUCUACAUGCCUAUAAUUCCUGCCUGCUUUAAUUAACUUUUAAAGAGCCUUUUCUCUGCUAUCUCCAUUCAGGUCACCAAGAUGUUAGCAGUGGUGGUGAUCCUCUUUGCUCUCCUGUGGAUGCCCUACCGGACUCUGGUUUUGAUCAACUCUUUUGUGUCGACACCCUACCUGGAUGCCUGGUUCAUCCUAUUUUGCCGGACAUGCAUCUACGCCAACAGCGCCAUAAACCCAGUGAUAUACAAUGCCAUGUCCCAGAAGUUUCGCUCAGCUUUUCGUGGACUUUACCGUUGUCAGCAGCAAGAGGGGAAUCAGAGGACACUGUCGCUGAUUCAGACUGGAUUCAGUACUGUGCGAGACCCUCGAACAUCACAGGUCAACAGCAAUGGAAUGAAUGAGAAGGCCAAAACAGCCAUCCUGAAAAACACCACGGGUUUGUCGACAAUGCAGAACGGGAGCAGUCAUCAGGAGUCAGAAACACUCAGUGCCAAGAAAGUGGACCAUCUCGUCCACAUGAACUCAACUACGUUUGGUUCAGCUCCAAAUAGUGAAGAGAAGUCAGAGUGGCCCCCAUCAGUAGAUACUGCCGUUAAUGAAAAGCCAGAAAAUGUGUAAAUAUGUCAUGUUUACAUGGUGGGAUGUCUACAAAUUCAUUCAAAUCACUGACAUCCAGUAAGGAAAUAACCCAUAGAGCUGUUUCCAUAGAGAUACAACAGCUUUGUCUCCCACCGACACAGUCAUCUUUAGUUUGUGACUUCAGAGAGAGAAAGCCUGACACCUGCAUAAUUUUAUAAUUCAACAGUGGUAAACUGAUCUGGACCACUGGUAAUCAGAUUAAAACACUGCAUGGAAACAACAGUUUUUGACUUCAGUAUCAUUUGAAACUUGCAUGGGCAAAUGCUUUUAUAAGGAUGUGAACAUUUCAUUUAUCCCCAAUGAUUUCUCAUUCGAUUUUCUUCUCUUUUGACCAUGAAAAAUAACUAGAAUCUCUGUCUGGUGAUGAUGUAGUGACGUCAGGUAUAAUGAACAACACACUUUCAAAAGGACUGCAUGGGUUGCACUUAUAUUUUUUCUGAUUGAACAUCUCUGUUGAAUUUCAGAGAAAUGUUGGACAGAAAACACUUUGGUGGAUAAAAUGGAUGAUAACGUUUUUUCACUAUUACCUACACUGUUUCAAGCACUUAUCACUACAACUAUACUUGUUUUUUAAGCUUUUCCAAGACUUUAGCAAACCUUUGAUUGAAAGCUUAGAUACCGAAGGAGCUUUUAGAAAGCACUUAGGCACAGCUCCUCUAAAAACACAGGACAGGUUCGAUAUGUGAACACUAACCAGAACAAAAGAUCAAGUCGGCAUUUUUGAAGGUGUCAAAAUGGUGACAAAGAUCAGGUAAGGGAUCGGUCAUGAGAGUCACUCUUUUUUUCAGGUGACUUAAAAGUGAGUCAAAGUGGCUCUAUGAUAGACACCUGCCUGUCUCAAGGGUCGGCUCAAAAUUUGUGAUCCAUAUAUAUAUAUGAAUUUGAUAAAAUUCAACAACUAUAAGAAUCAUACAUCUCUGUGUUUUCAUAACUUGCUGCUGUUUAUCGUCACACUUUGGUAUUUACCAUGGACUGGAUUAAAUAUGGAGGCAGUCUCAGUGUCUUCACCCACUGGUUCCUGAGUAGGAGUGAGUAGGGGCGAACAUACGUCAAAUCGAAUUUGAAACCUGUGCCAUGAGGACCAUAGCCUUUGUCCACCUGAACAACUAAGCUGCACAAACACCUGAGACUGAGCCUUUCAUCAUGAAUAAUCAUGACAAAAAGAUUAUUAUUGCAGUUGAAUAACUAGGUUUCAGGAACUAAACUAUAUAUUUUUUGCUGCUUUUUUGCAGUCUUCUUGCAAUGUUAACUGUUACUGUGAUGUUUAGCACAUUUUUUAUUAGCUUUGUUUUUUGUUAAAGAACUGUGAAAAAGUAACAAAGUUGUUGUCACUCCAGUAACUUUUGACGAUUCAGAUCAAGUAUUUAGGAAUUUGAAUGGAAGAACAAAAGGCCAUAAAGCUUUGGCUGUAUCAGCACUAAGUAUUUUCAGGUCUAAAAUAUUUGAAUUUACAUUAGUGUCAGUGCUAAUUACAAUGUCGGAAAAUCAGUAUUAUAUAAUUUGAUUAUGAAUUUUCAGUAUUUGAGUUUUAAUAAUACCCAUUUUUGUUAAAUUCAGUGAGGUUCUCAGUGAUAAAAGAUGGAAAUUCUUUGCUUCUUUGUCCUAGAAGUCAGCCAACCCUUUAAUUCAUGAAAACAUCACUCAUUGUACGUCCGCGUUUCUUGGGUCUACCGUGCUAAUGGGAUAGUGUCCUUGCAUACUCUGUUACAUUACAAACAGUGUGUUAAAGGACAUUAGCCAUCUGUCAUUGUCAUGUUAGAUGUUAGUGAAUGUAAAUAACUUUUUCCUCACAGUAAUCAGCCUCUUUUUUCCACUUGAUAUUAUGUUUGUCAAAGUUGAAACCCCUGGCACUGGGGGAUUCUGAAACUCUGACUUUGAAAAAAUGACUUUAGAAAGUUUUAGGGAGUUAACCUAAAUGUAUUAGACAUUAUGCUUUUUUAUGUCCUUCAGAUAUGACCAUCAGCAACAAGAUUAACCAUUUUUACACUGGAAUUUUUGAUGCCUGUGUGAGGGAGAGGAGGAUCUGGAGAGGCGCCAAAACCAACAUAAAAAGUUCCUCAAAGGAGCUUUGUAGAACAAUCUGCAUGUAAAUACGGCCGAAAUUGUGAUACGCUCUACAGUUAUUGUAAUUGAUGUUUACAGUCUUGUGUCCAGGGUUUUAAAAUGCUUUGCAUGCUCACUUUAACUUUUGUGGAUAUUGUAGGCUAAUUUAUCUAUUGGUACACAAAAUGCUUUCUUUUUUAUCCUCUCAAAUGUUUGCUUACUUCCAGCAAAGAUUGUUCAUACUUUAACUUUUUCCAAAAAAGUAUUUACUUAACCUCAUUCACUUCUGUCCUGGACAAAAAGGGAGGGGUAGGGAGGAGGAUUGAUGCUUGAGAAAAUGAAUAUGCUUAAGCUUCUAUAUAAUCAAUUUAGUUACCAAGUUCAUUGAUGUGAUGAUAAAAGUGAUUUCCAGCUUGGGGAUUUAAAGAAGUUAAAACUGACAAUUAAUUUUGUUUUGUUGUUAAACAUUAUACUCUGGAUAAAAAAUCCAUCAUGCUUGUCCAACUCCACCAUGCUCAACAGACUUCAAAAUUCAGUAUACUACCUCACCUUAUGCUUUUUUUCUGCUUAUAGUCAGUUUGUUGAAUAUGGGUCAGAAGAAGCUGGAUUGUCACCAGUCUUGAUUUAAAAAAAAUAGUUUUGAACAUUUGCUGAGCUUUCUUUAAAUGUAAGAUGCAUUAGAUUUAUUUUUUAGGUCAGUAAGUUGCAGCAUAACAAGACAGAACCACAUCACUGACAUAUGCAUGCCCAGUAAAUAUCCUUUACAGUCACAGACCUCUGCUUGCAUUUAUGCUGUUUAUGCUCUCUUUUGCUAUAUAACGAUGGAGCAGGUGAAUUCCUGCAGUGGUCACCUCAUCCCUCAGCAGCAAAUGUACUUACACAUAUCUGUGCACCCAAGAGUAUAAUGUACCUUAAGAUGUAAAUGUACACUUUUACUGGUGUUAAUUUAAAAUACUGAGUUCACUUUGUUAAAAUAUGUCUGUAUGUCUUGAUAUAUGUGAGCAUGUACUUGAACUGCUUAUCAGAGUUUUAAAAAAUAAAUUGCAAUUCAGGUACAGCCAAUUAAAAAGUCCAAAUGGUAUAUUGAGUUCCUGACAGCUUAGAGAGAUACAAGUGGAAGAAGAAUAGUAACAAUAGCACAAUGUAAGCGUGGAGCACAGUGACUCAUCUACUUAUUCCUGCACUGUGCACUUGAUAAUACACUUUGAAUUAAUUUAAACUGAGUGUAGUUUGUCGUUUUAUUUGGAUAACAACUGUGCAGACUAAGUCGAUUGUAGAAUUCCUUUCAAAAAUGACCAUUGAGUGUGUAUGCGAGUGCGAAUGUGUGUGUGUGUGUGUGUGUGUGUGUGUGUGUGUGUGUGUGUGUGUGUGUGUGUGUGUGUGUGUGUGUGUGUGUGUGUGUGUGUGGGAAAGAGAACUAGUCUUACUCUGUCAUUAUUUAGCCCUGGAGAGCUGCGGGUUUAAUGUGUUUUAGAUGUGCUGUAAUUGCAGGUUUUUAAAUGUAUUCAUUAUUCAAAGUGGUUAAAUCUGUAUUGUUGAAGCGAAUUGUUUCUGUUUUGUUCGAAAUUUGUAGUUUGCUUUGGUCUCUGGUUUUAUGGUAUCUCUGUGCAGUAUGAUGGCUUUCUGUCUGUACUUGAACAAGGUCAAUUAAAAAAAAAAAAGUACAGUUUCUGUCUCAA